UGGUUAGCUCAGUCGUGGUGCUUACAUUCAGGAUGAAGGUUUGGUUGUUUGUGGUGUGUUGGCUGUGUUUUACAGCUGUGUUCGGGUGUUCUGAAAAGCAAGCUUUUGUGUGCUCACCUCCGUUUGAAAUUUACGAGGGCAACUGUUACAACAUCAGCGCAGACAAGGUGUCAGGAGACGAAGCUUUUGCCCGGUGUAGUCGUGUGGGGGCAUACCUCGCCAAUUUUGAGACAUUGGAGGAAGCAAUGCUGAUGAAGCAAAAAUUGAAAGAAAUGAAUACAGGUCUCCAUUUUUACGUCGGUGGGAGGAACAUAAACAGAAGAAAACCAGGAGGGGACUGGAGAUGGAUCAAAAAUGGACAAAUGAAGGAAAUGACGUACUUCGCUUUUGGAGCCGGGGAACCUAAUGGAAAUGACGGAGCUCCCCAAGACUGCAUUUUAUUUUGUCAAUCUUACAUAUGUACACCUCCUUUUCAAAUUUACGAGGGCAACUGUUAUCACAUCAGCAGAGACAAGGUGUCCGGAGACGAGGCAUUUGCCCGCUGUAGUCGUAUGGGGGCAUAUCUCGCCAAUUUUGAGACACUUGAGGAAGCAAUGUUGAUGAAACAAAAAUUAAAUGAAAUGAAAUCAGGUCUCCAUUUUUACGUCGGUGGGAGAAACAUAAACAGAAGAAAACCAGGAGGGGACUGGAGGUGGAUCAGAAAUGGACAAAUGAAGGAAAUGACGUAUUUCGCUUUUGGUUCCUCUCAGCCUGAUGGGUCAGAUUCUGCCCCACAAGACUGCAUGUUCUUUUAUGCAGCAGAACGAUACAUUUUUCAUGACGUCUUUUGUGACCAUGAUUCAUAUCUCGGCGGUUAUAUUUGCGAAAAGUGAAAA